UAUUUAACUUGGGGCAUGAUGGGCAGCUUAUGCCACCUCCAGAACAAGAAUUAGCCACCAAAGUUCUCCAGAUACAAUCCAAACGAUUUUACUUGGAUGUUAAACAGAAUAGGAGAGGAAGAUUUAUCAAGGUUGCUGAGGUUGGUCCUGCAGGUAGAAAAAGCCGUCUAUUAUUUGCUAUGUCCACAGCUUUAGAACUAAGGGACCAUCUGACGUCUUUUAGUGAAAUCUACGCUUCACUGGGUCCACCUAAUCCAGAUAACUUGCCUGAAGAUGGAAAGUUAAAAAGUGAAGUGAUGAUGAAGGAAAACAGAAGGUAUUAUCUUGACCUCAAGGAAAACUCCAGAGGAAGAUUUUUACGAAUUUCACAAACAAUAGCUAGAGGGGGUCCUCGUUCUCAAGUUGCUGUACCAGCGCAAGGAAUGAUAGAAUUUCGUGAUGCACUCACCGAUCUUUUGGAAGAAUUUGGCAAUGAAGACGACGAGUUGUAUGGAUUCAAGGGGGAGCUACCUGAAGCUCGUCGUAUGCGCAUAGAGAACAAGAAUUUUUAUUUCGAUGUAGGCCAAAACAGCAGGGGAAUUUAUAUGCGUGUAUCUGAGGUAAUGUAAUUGUGCAUUUUAUGA